GCUGGUUCUGGUUCCAUUUCUGGUUCUGGUUCCGGUUCCGUCACUACCUUGCUGUGCGUCCUUGAGGGGCGUGACCCAGCCUCUCUAAGCCCCUCCCCCCUGCCUGUGAAAUGACGGCGUGAACCUCAUCCAGCUUUCCCCAAAGCAGGAUAGACUCCUGUGCCAGCUUUAUGUGGUUUCUGGAAGAAUGUUCUAAAAUCUAAGUAGGGUCAUUAUUUUAACAUCUAUUAGGGGAAAAUAUAUCUGGCGCCUCAGAUCUGUGUUUUCAGAGAGCUGUUGUCUAGCAUGGGGGUCAAAGAGGCAUGAUCUGGGUGUCCCCCCUCUGCGGCCUCCGGGGGGGUCUCUGCCAGGCAUGUCACAGCCACGCCCCUCACUCAGGCCUCUCCCCACAGGCACUGCGAGGCCAGCGCGCAGAACCCAGAACCGGCAGGUGGGGCCGCCUCAUCUCACUGCUCAGCUCCCACAGGAAGGACAGGCCGCAGCCUCCCCUGCCCCCUUCCCAUUGCCCCUUCCAUCUACAAUCCGCCUCUGACCUGGCCUUUACUCACCUCCUUCCUGUUCCAGUUCCCACGUCCCCAGGCUGAGCCCUUCCUCCGCCCUGUCCCCCCCUACCACCCCCCCAACACCUCCUUUUCCUGGGAAAUGCCAGCACCCACACCCGCAUCGCCUGGUCUGCUCACUCCCUGCUUGUAGCCCGUCCUGUCUCAACACCUUCCUAUAUGUUUCCUGAGUCUUCUGGUACAUUCCUCCCACCUUUACUCCGGCUCAGCCCCACGUGCCCCUUUCAUCCUGUACAGAGUCCCCGCCAGGGCCCACCGACGCCUGCAUCUCCUCCAUAAACACGCCCCUCGGCCACUUUCUGGGUCACCCCGUUCCUCCCCCACUGGCGCUCUGCGUCUAGAAACACCUCCUUGACAAAGCCCUUGGCCCAUCCCCCUCCCCCCCGCCCCCCCCAAUUCCCUGUUGUGUUGAUUCAGUCCUUCCCCCAACUUUCCCCUCUCAAGCUCCACCCUUUCCCGUCCACAGCCACCCCCCUCUCCUCCCCGGGGACACCGCCUCCCACCAAUGUCCCCCUGAGCCUCCAGGGAGGGGGCUCAGGGAACCCCAUGGCCUCCCGCCCCCCGCGGCCCCGCAGCCCCCGGGGGCCAUGGGAAGCCCCUGAAAGGCCCGGCGGCGCCGAGGAUGGGCAACGGCAGCUGGGAGGGCUGCCACGUGGACUCGCGCAUGGACCACCUCUUCCCGCCCUCGCUCUACAUCUUCGUCAUCGGCGUGGGGCUGCCCACCAACUGCCUGGCGCUGUGGGCCGCCUACCGCCAGGUGCGCCAGCGCAACGAGCUGGGCGUGUACCUGAUGAACCUGAGCAUCGCCGACCUGCUGUACAUCUGCACGCUGCCGCUCUGGGUCGACUACUUCCUGCACCACGACAACUGGAUCCACGGGCCCGGCUCCUGCAAGCUCUUCGGCUUCGUCUUCUACACCAACAUCUACAUCAGCAUCGCCUUCCUGUGCUGCAUCUCGGUGGACCGCUACCUGGCCGUGGCCCACCCGCUGCGCUUCGCCCGCCUGCGCCGCGUCAAGACGGCCGUGGCCGUGAGCUCGGUGGUCUGGGCCACGGAGCUGGGCGCCAACUCGGCGCCCCUGUUCCAUGACGAGCUCUUCCGCGACCGCUACAACCACACCUUCUGCUUCGAGAAGUUCCCCAUGGAGAGCUGGGUGGCCUGGAUGAACCUCUACCGGGCCCUCGUGGGCUUCCUGUUCCCCUGGGCGCUCAUGCUGCUGUCCUACCGCGGCAUCCUGCGCGCCGUGCGCGGCAGCGUGUCCACCGAGCGCCAGGAGAAGACCAAGAUCAAGCGGCUGGCCCUCAGCCUCAUCGCCAUCGUGCUGGUCUGCUUCGCGCCCUACCACGUGCUCCUGCUGUCCCGCAGCGCCGCGCACCUCGGCCGGCCCUGGGACUGCGGCCUGGAGGAGCGCGUGUUCCCCGCCUACCACAGCUCCCUGGCCUUCACCAGCCUCAACUGCGUGGCCGACCCCAUCCUCUACUGCCUGGUCAACGAGGGCACCCGCGGGGACGUCGCCAGGGCCCUGCACCACCUGCUGCGCUUCCUGGCCAGCGACAAGCCCCAGGAGAUGGCCAGCGCCUCCCUCACCCUGGAGACCCCGCUCACUUCCAAGAGGAGCAACGUGGCCAGGGUCACGGCCGCCGCCGGCUGGGCGGCAGCUCCGCCCACCCAGGAGGACCAGGUGCAGCUGAAGAUGCUGCCACCGGUGGCGGUGGCGCAAUGAACCUCAGGUCGCACAGAGACGCACCGCCCCCCCCCCCCCAAAUUCAUCCCACACCCUGGCCCCUCUUGCUCUGGUCUAUGCCGAUUGUAUGUAAAUAAGGCCAUGUGACUAAUCAUGUGAAUAUAAGAAAAGAGGAAAACAGCAAGGUUGGGGUGUCGCUGGUCAGUUGUCAUCCCCCGUCACGGCCCCUUAAUAGUCCAGCUGAACGGUGCCUGGCCUUGCCCGGGGCAGUGUUAGCUACAUAGGGGUGAUGAGUGACAGAUCUGGCCCGGCCCUCACGACCCCCCCCCCCCCCGCCCCAGCUCCGAUGGGGGAGACAGAUCUGCCCUUGGGCAGUGAAGAUCCAGGGGGGCAGGGCUCAGGCAGGAGAGGCCAGGGUCUGGGGGAACCCCAAAGGGCAUCUGACCCAGUCUGGGGGACAGGGAGGGCUUCCUGGAGGAGGAGACCAGUACGUGAAGUUUCCAGAGGUGAAGACAAAAAAAACACAAAACACGUGAGGAUGAUUUCCAAUGAGGGGGUGACUCAAGGGAAAGGCGGAAGGAGAAACCCACUGAGUGUGGAGUGAUCACUUUUGCUGUAGGGAAGCCCCCAUCAUGUAGGGGAGAGUGAGCAGGACAGAGCACUUCUGAGUUUUCAGAUUAACAUUCUCCAAGUCAGGACUGAGGAAGAAGAGGGAGAAUGUCCAAACCCAAGUGGAGGGCAAUCAAGGAAGACUGGCCGGAGGAGUUGUUCAGUCAACAGGUUUAUUUGUACCUCUCAUCGGCCCUGUGCGGGCUGGGGCUGGGGACGCAGUGGUGACCAAGACAGCCCCGGAGCCACCAUCGAGGGGCGCCCAGGAAGGGAGUAAAACAAAACAAAUACAAAGUUUGGAACUGAUAAGUAUAUUGGGUAAAAAUAAAGCCACACAAGGGGACAGAGGGACAUGGAGUCUGAGCUAGACGAGGUCAGGGGAGGGAGGGCUCACUGAGAAGGUGGCAUUUGAGCAAAGUCCUGGAGGAGGGGAGGGGGCCCCUGUGGCUGCCGGGGGCGGGGGGGGGGGGGGGACGGGGAAGAGCAUCGCAGGCAGAGGGAACAGCAAGUGGAAAGCCCUGGAGUCAGAGAUGCCUGAAUUCUGAGGCGCAGUAGGACCGCGGUGUGCCUACAGCAGAUGAGGGGUGACAGAAGUGGGAGUGAGGCUGGCAAGGGGACAGAGGCCCGUCUUUCGGGGCUCGCAAAGUCCUGCUGAGGACUUUGCCUUUUACUCUGAGGUAAAUGGGAGCCAUAAGAGGAGGGAUGAGGGAUGUGAUUUGACUUCAAUGUUAACCGGAUCCCGCUGGUUGCUGAGUGGGGAACAGAAUAGGGGAAGUUAGGGCGGAAGCUGGGAGCCCAGUGAAGCGUGUAGUAGCCCAGGUGGGAGAUGCUGGCAGGGGGACCGAGGUGAGGUGGGCGGUGGAGUGAGCUUGCUUUGGGGUUUUUACUUUGAAGAAACACAAUGAGGGAAGAAGCUGGGGGCCUGUGGGAUUGUGUAGCAUGAGCCUCUUGCCCAUCCUGGGAAAACGGUGACGGAGAGCCUGAGCUGGAAGGACCUCUGGGAGCGAUCCCAGGCCCUGUUCCGGGGUGGUCACUGGAGAGGCCAAGAGAGUAGCCGGAGUCGCACAGCCGGUGAGUCAGCCUGGGGCCAUCCUGAGCUCCCUCUCCCCUCCCGGUCGCUGCCUCUGUUCCCACGCCCCAGAGUGGCCAAGGCUGCCGGCUCUGGCUGGUCUCUCCCUCCCUCUCUCAGCCCCCCGAGGUCACCAGGAAUGGUCCUCCUAUCGCCAGGCUGGAGAACAGGAGGACGCACCUGCCCCUGGACCGGCCUCACCCCUUCUGGUAGGUUACUUUUCUUGGUUACCUAACAGGCUUCAUGCUCCUGAUGAGCUGUGACGACCCCCACCUCUCUCCACACACACCCUUGCCCCAGAAGUUCCCAGAAGAGGUUCCUGGAAACCCUUCUCAGAGAAAGGAAGAGGAGGGAGGACGGGAAUGAGGGGGGAAAAAAGAACUUAAUGAAGAAAAUGGUUUUGCAGGGGCGGGGGUUACUGAGAUGCAGGAAGUUGGGGCUUUGGUGUUGGGAGAGAAAAAGGGGGGUCUAGGAUCUGGGGGCUCUGGUAAUUUUCCCAUCCUGUCUCACCACCAUAAAGCUAUUGGGAUGGAGUUGCAGGGGGUCAGAUAUUUUGAACACAGUCUCCUCAGAGGGUGAGACGAAAGCCCGCACAUUACCCUCCACCAAAUGCUGAUUUGCAUUCAAUAAAUAUUUAUUGAGUACCUACUAUGUGCCUGGCACUGUUCUAGGAGCUGAGGAAACAGCAGUGACUUAUACAGAAAAAAGUCAUGUACAAGUUUGGAAGUUACCUAAGUCCCCCCAGUAGGUCCUUGGGCUCCAGGAGACUUUGGGGUGGGACUCAAGAAAUCCAAGCCUCGUCCUGGCCAGUGUGGCUCAGUCGGUUGGGCAUAGUCCUGUGCAAUCAAAGAUCGCUGGGUUUGAUUCCCAGUCAGGGCACAUGCCCAGGUUGCGGGUUCAAUCCCCAGUUGGGCUGCGUGUGGAGGCAGUGGAUCAAUGUUUCUCACAUCAAUGUUUCUCUCUCUCUUUUUC